ACCGCACGAAGCCGCAGGCAGCCAUGUCAAACAAGAAGGCGGCGACUCCGCCAGACGGAGACGAGGAGCUGCGUACUUCAGACCUCAAGAGACUCGACCCAGAUUCGAUCUUGGCAGACGAGGCUGACCCGGACGCCCUGCUUGGCAACGAAUCGGACAGCGAGACGGGCGAGAGCAGGAGAGCCUCGCGCAACUUUGACGCGGCUACGGAAAACAUUGAUUUGAACGGAGAUGGCGGGCAUGCCGUGGGUCUGGCUAACGCCACAGCGGCACACACCGCUGCAGUGGAAGCGGGCCCGACGCCAACGCAGAUGACCUUCAGCAAAAAGGAAACGGCCAUGACCGAGGCUGAGCUGAAGGCACAGCUGUCAGACCUGCAAAAUCAAGUGACGGGCCUCAACAACAAGCUCGACGAGGUGUCGGAGUCGCAGAACCACAUUGCGGCGUAUACGACGAAGAUCUCCGAGCUGGAAAAGGAGCGCGAAGAGCAUCUUGCUGCACUCAAUACGGGCCUUUUGGUGGAAAAGGAGCAUGUGUCGCAGGAGAUGCAGCGUAUGAUGGAUCGAGUAAUUGAGGAGACCACGCAGCGGGGAAAGGCGAUCAGCGACAAGGAGAAGAUCGAGGCCGAGCUCGACGAGCUCUCUUCGAAGCGUCUAUCGAGAGCAAGGGCGGAAGAAAAGAGCAGGCAGAUGGAAGAGAGACUCAAGGAUACCGAGGAGAUUAUGGAACACCAACAGAAGCGCUUGGCCGAAUUGCAGACAGAGGUCGAACGACGAAGGGCCGACGAUACCAACGAAUCUUCGGGGGCUGGAGCUCCCCAAGAGAUAACAAAAAGCGAUCAUGCUUCUGGCACAGGCUUGAUCCAGCUCCCGCCGCUGUCGAGCAGCUCAAGACUCUUGCCGCUGCUCGAGCAAGAGCUGAUGCUCGACAUUGUGCCGUACAUCGAAUUGCGAGCCUUUCUCAACCACCUUCGACGGCUGCGCCAACAGCUUGCGCCCUUCUAUACCUAUCCGCUCCCAGGGGUGAAUUCGUCGGUGCACGGAAGAAGUCACUCCAACAGCCCGAUGCCCUCGCGGACCUCGACUCCGGGUCCAGCACCCGAGGGUGGGAAGCAGGUCAUAUAUCCAGGGAUGAACCCGGCCUAUGGGGUGACGGCCAACGGCGAGAGCAGCCCACGGCAGGGUGUGAGUCGUCACAAGGACUAUCCCUCGCUCCCCUCGAAUUGCGAGCAGCUGCGAUCGGUGGAAGAAGACAGCGAUCCUUGCCUCCGGCUCGACUUUGCGCCCGGACUCAAUUGGCUGUCGCGCAGACAAAUGCACAGUGCCCUUCUCGACGGCGGCCUCGUCAUUGAGCCAAUUUCUGGUGGGGGGACGAAGAUCGACGAGCAAGAACUCCGGACCAGAUAUUCUUCAAUGCCGCCAGCCGCUUGCGCCAUGUGCGGAAAAGCAGGCGAGAGCGUGCCCACAUCUACGACGAGCAAUUGGAUCAAUGCAGCAAAUAGCGCUGCCUCGUCCCUCCAAGCUGCUGUGGCUAGCAGCGGUGGGCUAGUCUCGCCGGGAUCUAUGUCGGGCCAGACGACACCUUCGGCUUCGUCAAUAGCUGCCUCCUCAUCCACUAAUGCUACCUCGGCCAAUCUGACGACGCCAGGCACGCCCGAUCCUUCCAAGUCUAUGCAGAAGCAGCGCAGCGGUCUGUUCAGCUCGCUGCGCCACAGCAUGGGCGGCAGCCCCAGGCCGUCUCUCGGCGCAUCGAACACGACGGCGUCCACCAAUACGAGCACUGGCGUGUUCCUUUCAGCCGAUGACGCCUCCUCUUCGGAGCACGACGGAGCCUCGGGAGCACAAGGCCUCGUCGAAGAGGACCUUUUCUCCCCGCACUUUCAGCCGCUGGUCGUUCCGACCCACAUCUUCCGAAUCACGGAAACCUCUUCAACUCGCUACCUCCUUUGCCCACAGCACUGCUUGCGCAGGCUCAGAGCCGCCUGCGCGUUUUGGGGAUACGUCAGGAAUUUGGAGAGGGCUGUCGUGCUUGAAGGCAAGCUGGCUUGGGACGACAUGAGGAGGGAUCAAGCCAGGGAGGAGGAGGAGCGGAAGACGUCAAAGGGCGACGAGACGCCAAGAGCAACAAUCACAGAGGAAAAGGAGAGGGAAGUGGAAGAGGCUAAUGAGGAUAACGAGGAGAAGGAGAAAGAGGAAGAGGAGAAGGAAGAGGAGAAAGAGAAAGAGAUGGGCACAAGGACGCAGCUCGAAGAAGGUGACGGUGUGGACGCUUCCGAGGCUCGUGAUGGGGAGACUGGCGAGAAGGAAAGCGAAGAGAAGGGUCCGGAGAGCAGCGCUGAUAAGAACAGCGACAGCAAUUCAAACCCAGCACAGUCCACGACGACUGCGAUCUCCGUCUCGGACGAAGACGAAGACGAAGGAGGAUUCGCCGACGCAAUUUCAAGUCAUUCAAGCCCGGUCAUCACGAAAACCCUUGAGAUGCAAAAGGAGAAUACGGACGUUACCGAAUUGGCAAAAGACGAAAAGGGCGAGACUAAAGGGAAUGAGGAAACGGAGACGGAAGAAGAAGAGAAGGAGGCCAAGAUUUCAGAAGAAGCGGCAGGAACAAGCAAGGACCCGGAAGCGAAGGGGCAAGAAGCUGGAGAGAAAAGCCAAUUGCCUCCGCUCCCGGCUCGUCGCAGUAAUAACCGUUCUCCUGCGCCCCCAGCGUUGCCUCCUCGGACUAAGCGGCCCCCGCCUGUCCUUCCGGCAAGAUCGUCGGACGUAUCCCCGACGCCGUCCGCUUCCCUUGCGAAGCAAAUCCAGAGACCUCCGCCGAGGAAGACGUUGCCCCUAAACGGAGGAAAGGGAGGAGAAGAAGGAAAGGAGAACAGGUGGACGUGGGAAGAAAAGGUGUGGUGCGAGGUGACGAGGCUCAAGGCGGAGAUGUGGCUGGCGAGAAUAGGUGUCACGGAGACCGAAACUAAGGCGGAGCGAUUGGCGGUAGAGGCGCCAAGGGAUCCCGAUCAAGAAACAAAACCCGAGAAAGAGACGGGAAGCGUUGGCGGCGAAGGAGACGCAAAGGAAAACGAAUAGGGGGGACGGGCGUGACCUUUCUCCCCCAUGAGCUGG